AUGACUGAUAUCACUGAAAAGACCGCUGAGCAAUUGGAACAGUUGAACAUCCAAGAUGAACCACAACAAAAUGUUGCUCCAGCUUCCAAUGAGCCAGAAAGUCAAAAAGUUGAAACUUCCUCAGCUUCUUUGUACGUUGGUGAAUUAGACCCAUCAGUCUCUGAAGCCCUAUUGUACGAUAUUUUCUCUCCAAUCGGUUCUGUUUCUUCCAUUCGUGUUUGCCGUGAUGCCAUCACAAAGACCUCUUUGGGUUACGCUUACGUGAACUUCAAUGAUCACGAAGCUGGUAAGACUGCGAUUGAAAAAUUAAACUAUGCUCCCAUCAAGGGCGUCCCAUGCCGUAUCAUGUGGUCCCAACGUGAUCCCUCGAUGAGAAAGAAGGGUUCUGGUAACAUCUUUAUCAAGAACUUGCAUCCAGAUAUUGACAACAAGGCUUUGCACGAUACCUUCUCAGUCUUCGGUAACAUUUUGUCCUGUAAGAUUGCCACCGAUGAAGCUGGUAACUCCAGAGGUUUCGGUUUUGUUCAUUUUGAAGAUGACGAAGCUGCCAAGGAGGCUAUCGACGCCAUUAACGGUAUGUUGUUGAACGGACAAGAAGUCUAUGUUGCUCAACACGUUUCCAAGAAGGACCGUCAAUCCAAAUUGGACGAAGCUAAGGCCAACUUCACCAACGUUUACGUUAAGAACAUUCAUCCUGACACUGGUGACGAAGAAUUUGAAGAGUUCUUCACCAAGGUGGGCCCAAUCACCUCUGCUCAUUUAGAAAAGGAUAACGAAGGUAAAUUGAGAGGUUUCGGUUUUGUUAAUUACGAAAACCAUAACGAUGCCGCCAAAGCCGUCGAGGAAUUGAAUGAGACCGACUUCAAGGGUCAAACUUUGCAUGUUGGUCGUGCUCAAAAGAAGCAUGAACGUUUGCAAGAGUUGAAGAAACAAUACGAAGCUUUCAGAUUGGAGAAAUUGGAAAAAUACCAAGGUGUUAAUUUAUUUGUCAAGAACUUGGACGACACCAUCGAUGACCAAAAAUUGGAAGAGGAAUUUGCCCCAUAUGGUACCAUCACUUCUGUUAAAGUUAUGAGAUCCGAGAACGGUAAAUCCAAGGGUUUCGGUUUUGUUUGUUUCUCUACCCCAGAAGAAGCUACUAAGGCUAUCACCGAAAAGAAUCAACAAAUCGUUGCUGGUAAGCCAUUGUAUGUUGCCAUUGCUCAAAGAAAGGAUGUUAGACGUUCUCAACUAGCUCAACAAAUUCAAGCUAGAAACCAAAUGAGAUACCAACAAGUCACUGCUGCCGCUGCCGCUGCCGCUGCCGGCAUGCGUGGUCAAUUCAUGCCACCAAUGUUCUACGGUGUCAUGCCUCCAAGAGGUGUCCCAUUCAAUGGUCCAAACCCACAACAAAUGGCUGCUAUGGGUGGUAUGCCAAAGAACGGUGUCCCACCACAACAAUUCAGAAAUGGUCCAGUUUACGGUGUCCCUCCUCAAGGUGCUCCACAACAGGGUCAGUUCAUGAGAAACGGUGCUGGUGCCAACCAAUUUUACCAACAAAAGCAAAGACAAGUCUUGGGUGAACAACUAUACAAGAAGGUCUUUGCCAAGACUUCUGACGAAGAAGCUGCUGGUAAGAUCACUGGUAUGAUCCUAGAUUUGCCAUCCCAGGAAGUUGUCCCAUUGUUGGAAAGCGACGAACUUUUCGACCAACAUUUCAAAGAAGCAUUCGCUGCUUAUGAAUCCUUCAAGCAAGAACAAGAACAAGAACAACAACCACAAAACUAA